GAUAAAUUAUCUUUAUAUGUGACCGACUACUAAAAUAUUUAUUAUUAUUAUCACUAGUAUUUUGUGGGUAAUUGUAAUUUAUAAUUAUGUACCUAAGAAGUAACCAUUAACAAUCAAUUAUAUUUUUAUAUACCUAAACCUAACAAAUAUUUCAGAGUUUCCACAGAGGAAUGAUAGUAACAUAAAGUUUGUACUUGUAUUUUGAAUACGUUACUUACCUUCUUACUUUUAGUAAUGUUUAAACUAAAUAUAAAUGCUCAAUGUACAAUAUGUAUAUAUAUAUGUCAUGUUGAAUACCAAUAACACAUUAAUAGAAUACAAUUAGGUUGUUAAUAUUUUUAAGCGGUUAAAAUCUAUUAGGAAAAUGUCAAAACGCUAUUUCAACAAUGUAUUUUCCGAUAGUCAGGAAGUUAGUUUAAAUAUGUCUUAUGAUUUUUUGAAACAUAAUGUGUACAAUCUAAUGGAAGAUAUAAGUCAAAAUACUUCAUUUUCGUCUGAUAAUGACUUGUACAUUGGAACAACAGGUAUAGCAUAUAUGUAUUAUCAUUUAGCUACAUCAGAAGGGUUUAAAAAUGAUUCCACUGCCUUAUUGAGUAAGGCAGUUGAGGUUUCAAGACUAAGGCGGCACAAUUCAUCUGAAAAAUACUCAAGUCAAUUCAUUUGUGGUGAUGCUGGAGUUAAUGCCGUAAAUGCUGCAAUAUUUCACAAAAUUGGUGAUGAGAAAACAGCAGAAAUGUAUUUAGAACAUUUUAAAAAUGGAUUAGCUGUUUGUAAGCCAAUCAAUUUUUUUAAGCCAGGAGGAGAUGAAUUAUUUGUUGGUCGUGCUGGUUAUCUUUUUGGUCUUUUAUGGUUAGAAAAAGUUUUUAAUAGAAAAAUAAUAGCUGACUUAGACAUUAUUCAACUUUGUUUAACAAUUGUGGAGUCUGGGCGCAAUUAUUCUAAAAAACAUAAAAGUAUAUUUCCUCUCAUGUAUUCAUAUUACAAUACAGAAUAUUUAGGAGCAGCUCAUGGUUUGUGUACAAUACUACAAGUACUAAUUUCAUUUCCUUGUUUUAUUAAAAAAGAACAAAAAGCUAUGCAAGAUAUAAAAAAAUGUAUAGAUGUGCUGAUAUCAUUACAAUCAAUUAGUGGUAAUUUCCCUUGCGCAAUGGAUGAAUUAGGUUUGAGAAAAAGACCUGAACAAGAUGAACUGGUUCAUUGGUGUCACGGAGCUCCAGGUGUUGUAUACUUAUUAGCUAAAGCAUAUUUGGUUUUUAAAGAACCUUCUUAUUUGGAAUGUUGUUUAAAAUGUGGAGAUUUGGUAUGGACAAAGGGACUUUUAAAAAAAGGACCUGGUUUAUGUCAUGGAAUAGCUGGGAAUGGAUAUGUGUUUUUAUUAUUAUAUAGGUUGACCGGGGAUACAAAACAUUUAAACCGUGCUUUACAAUUUGGUAAAUUUAUUUUUACUGAUGAAUGUAUUCAAGGAUCUAGAAGACCAGACAAUUUGUACAGUUUAUACGAAGGAUUAGCUGGCACUGUUUGCUAUUUAAGUGAUUUGACUCAACCAGACAAAGCUAGUUUCCCAUUCCUAGAUGUGUUUUAAUUAAAUAUUUUGUUGUAUCAAUUAUCAAAUAUACAUACUUUGUAAAUAUAUUAUGUUUAAAAUAUUUUUAAA